GGACUUUGCAGGAGGAGGAGGUGAUUACUGCUACAUCUUACCUCGAGGGUAAGGCAACCAAAUGGCUAGAUGGUUUAGUUGCAAAAGCCGGGUACGGACGACGCAUGGCGGACUGGGCUAGGACAAUCACGUUAGACCAGUUCAUGGCGAUGGUAGAAGCUCGAUGGCACAAUCCACAGCAGGCGCAAAUGGCCACUGAUGCGAUGCACAGACUAGACCAACGAAAGUUCAAGUCGGUCGGAGAGCUUACGACUACCGUUGAAAGCCUUAUCGUCGUCCCUGGCAUCAACUAUGAUAACCAAUUCCUGUUGACCACAUUCGUAAGAUGUCUUCCAGAGAACCUCAGGAACUUGCUGGCCAGCGAGGCUCGCCUCGAGUAUCACUCUUUUGAGACAUUGUCUAGAAAAGCCUUAGACUUAGAGGCCACUCUAGGGAAUGCUCAACCUACUCAGAAUGACUCAAAGAAGAAGAAGAGUCCGCAGGAAUGGAAGAAGAAAGGGGCUAAAUUGAUGAUGGUUGAGUUCGAUGGGACUCAAACAGAGAUCGAUGAGCUCACAGACCUGCUGAACGCUUCAGAGCACGACAGCGAGGAGAUCGCUGAGGGUAGCACCCUCGCCGCAGUAGUCAAGGCUAAGGCUGGUGGCCGAGUGAAGGGCCAUCAAAAGAAUCAAGGGAAGGCCGCCUCCAAUCAGACCAAAGUUGUUGAUUGGGUCAAGGCAGGUCUUGAUCAAGAAGUGUGGCGGGACCGCAAAGUGCGUGGUGCUUGUAUUAACUGUGUGCUGGCUCAGCAGGAUGGGAAGAAGUUGAGACCGAUUGAGUACAUGAGCAAGAAAAUGCCAUCGAAGAAAUUGGCAAAGUCCACCUAUGAAAGGGAACUCUAUGCUCUCUACAAGGCACUUGUCCAUUGGAGACACUUUCUGUUGGGACGGUUCUUCUACUUGAGAACUGACCAUCAGAUGCUCAAAUGGAUCAAGACUCAACCGACUCUUUCUGAUGCACUCAAGCGCUGGAUUGAGGUCAUAGAUCAAUAUGACUUCAAGCUUGAGUAUCUGAAGGGAGAGUACAACAAGGUUGCAGAUGCGCUAUCUCGUAGAGCAGACUACCUAGGGGCGCUAGUUUCCGAGUUCGGUGUAUCUCAGGAAGUAACUCGAUUGUUGGUGGGAGCCUAUCAGGAAGACCCUGUCAUGAUGGACAUCAUGCGCAAACUUCAGGCAAAAGACAAGGCCACAGAAAGUGAGUUUGUGAUGGUGGAUGGGUUACUCUUUCUUGAUAAGGCCGGGUGUAAAAGGUUAGUAGUUCCAUCGAGUGAGAGUUUGUGUAGUUUAUUUUUAGGAGAAUGUCACGACGCAACUGGACACUUCGGCUACAAGAAGACGAGUGCUAAUCUAGUACAACGAUUUUUGUGGCCUGGAAUGUUAGAUGACGCAAAGAAGUAUGUAGAGACCUGUCAAGUCUGUCAGCGGGACAAGCCGCGAACUCAAGCACCGCUUGGGUUGCUGAAGCCCUUACCUAUCCCCGCUGGUCCAAGACAGAGUGUUUCCAUGGACUUCAUGGACACCCUGGUGACCAGUAAGAGUGGCAAGAGGCACAUUGCCGUCAUCAUCGAUCGAUUCACCAAGUACGCUAGACUAGUUGCCAUGCCAAGCCAAUGGACAGGCCGAGCAAAUGAACAGAGUUGUACAACACCUGCUGAGGCAUUACAUCAAGCCCAGUCAGGAUGAUUGGGAUAAGAAGUUGCCUCUCAUCGCCAGCCUGUACAACAACGCUGUACACAACAGUACCGGCGUUAGUCCUAAUCAGCUGCACUGGGGAUGGAAGCCUAGAUCAGCUCUGGACUUCCUCCUACCUGAAAACCGACCCUCUGCAACUCCAGGCACACUUGAGUAUGGUGUGCAGUAUGAGANUACAGGGAGAAGAAGUUACCGAAAUGAUUAAACAGUAUGUCCAAGAUGAACUGCGGGCACAUUGGUUGAAGGUGAAAUCACAAUUAGAUAGUUUCCGCACAAAAAAAGGACAUAUCCCAAGCUAUUAAACAAUUCUCAGGGGACUGGUUGGGGUCUGAGCAAAGGGGUUGGAUAGCCUAUAUUCGAAUGGGAAGAAGAGGCUUCCCCGGAGCACAGUCGGGAUGAACCAAGAGGAGAUUACGCCCUUUGUUUCAAGGAAUGGACUAGGACACACUGCAAUACCGCUGCGCCCCGCCUCGGAAUUUCUUCCCGCCUCAUGGGCUCUCAAUGGUGGAUCUGCAAUCGUAUGGAGCAGAAUAAAUUCAGAAUAAAUUUAGGCAAGGGAAGUAGUAGCCUUUACAAGCAGCAGUAAAUCCAGCUCUGAUUC